AUGGAUCAUAAUCAUUUUCAUUAUCAACAAGCUAUGUUCAAUUACAUGCAAAAUAAUCAAAAUCCUAAUUCUCAAAAUGCUCAAAUUCCAUCGGUGUCAACAAACCCCGCCAUAUUUUUUCCGUCACCAAACAAUCCAAAUAUGUUUCCUAGCCCUCAAAUGAAUUCUAAUAGUAUGGAAUUUUUUUGUCAUGAACCGGAAAUACCGAUUGGAUUUAUGUCCGAUUGUCAACUUCCACCCUUUUCUACUCAAGUUGGUGCUGAAAAAGAAAAAAGGGUUGACGUUAAAAAAAAAUCUCGAGAGCAAUUUACAAGGGAUGAGGAUAUACUUCUUAUCCAAUCAUGGCUCAAUGUUUCAAAGGAUCCAAUUGUGGGAGUUGAUCAAAAGGCUGAGAAUUUUUGGGUAAGAGUCGUUGCCAAUUAUAACCAGUAUCGUGGACAAUCGCGGGAAAAGGUAGGGGGACAAUUAAAAUAUCGAUGGCGUCGAAUAAAUGGCAUGGUUCAAAAAUUUGUUGGGUGUUACAAACAAGCUGUUAAUGGAAAGAAAAGUGGGACAUCGGAGAACGAUAUCAUGGCCUCUGCACAUGCUUUUUUUGCUCAGGAUCAAGGUACAACAUUCAAUCUUGAGUAUGCAUGGCGACUGUUAAAAGAUGAACCUAAAUGGAUGGGAGAAUCGAUUGGAAGUUCUUCAAAAAUAACAAAGACUUCCACUAGUGGGGCAUCAUCGGAGAACCCAGAUACACAUUCAAGUUAUGAGUUUAACUCAUCAUCACCAAUGGAGCGUCCAAUGGGACAAAAAGCAGCAAAAAGGAAGGGUAAGACAAAUAAUAUUCCAACUGCAACGGAAGAUGCAAGGAAUAAAAGAACAACAGCAAUGGAAAGACUAGCGCAAUGUAAGGAGGACGAGAUAGAAGUAAAGGUAAUGCAAAUCAUGAUGAAAGACACUUCUACUAUGAGCGAUAGUCAACGAGAUAUUCAUGAAAAAUAUUGUAAUAAGAUGAGAAAAAAAAUAUGGAAUGUAGUUAAUAUCACUUAUGUAAAAUGGUCAUUAGUACCACUUUAA